AGAGCGCGGACAAUGCACAGGCUGGGAACUUCCUGCCGCGGCGGGUGCGGGUGCGGGUGCGCUGCCCGGGGCAGAGGCGAGGGAGCCCGGCCGGCGCUCGAUCAAUCAUGAUGUUUUGGUCCACACGCCCUGACGAAGACUCUGCUACCAAAAUCUUUAUUUCCAGCUAAAUAUACCUGGCUGUAACAGCUGCCAUGGAAACGUACUGUACAGAGGAGGCCGUUGGAACCAGCUCUCCAUCUGUCAUCUGCAGGCAAGUUGAGGGAGGAGACCGGAAGCAGGAGGAGAGCAGAGCAGGUGACCGGCUGUCUGAAUGGAGCGAUGUUUCUGUCGUGGCUGUGGAGCAGGCACCCCCUGGCAAGCUGAAGAAAACUGCCUUCAAGCUCUUUGGGGGGAAGAGGAGCAUAUGCACCCUCCCAAGCUUCUUUGGAGGAAAAAAUAAAGGCCAAGGGAAGGGAGCCUCCAAAAAGGGUCUCAGUAAAAGUAAGACGCACGAUGGGAUCAGUGACGUUGCAUAUGAGGAUGGGACAGGGAGAUUGCAGUUGGAGAGCCCCUUGAAUGGAGGGAUGGACUCGCAUCCUCGCCCACUGCCAAGCUCUCAGAGCGCUCACUUGGCAACAGACGCCAGCGUCAAAUUUGAGUUUGGCAGGCAGGAGAGCUCUCACCUGGGGAGUGCCGAGGGCUUUGAGAAAAAGCCCAAUGGAGACAAAUCGUUGUCCUUCCCUAGACCCAAGAAAGGGCUGAAGGGGCUUUUCAACAGCAUCCGGCGCCACAGAAAGAACAAAACCGCUGAAUCUGAGAAAGCGGAGUGGGCUGCUGAUCGUGGGGAUGGAGAGCAAGCCAAGAAAACUCAAGGGGCAGGGGUUGAAACCCAGCGAGCCUCUGAGGAGGAGAGUCCAAGAGGCACCCCUCUCCCCGGACCAUGCACAGGGAACUUGGAUGGUAACUGCUCACUGAGCACAACGACCAACCUUGGAGAAAACGCUGACUGGCUCAUGGCUGCUCAAAGUAGCUCGGAAGGAGAUGCAGCAAUGGUGCCUGUGGGCAAAGACGAUAUUCUGGAUGUGAAAUUGGAUGCAGAGACUAUUGUCUGUGCCAGCUCACCCUACGAUGGCCUCCCAGACGCACACCAUCCUGACUACCCAGAUAAUGACCCCCCUUCAGUAUACUCCGGAGACCAGCUCAGCUUGAUCUUUGAAGAUGUUACUUCCCUUAAAAGUUUUGAUUCCCUCACUGGGUGUGGAGACAUAAUUGCUGAGCCAGAAAUCGACAGUAUUGCUGAGAGCACGAUCUCCGUGGAGCGCAGUAGAGACGCUGCCAAGAGAAGCUCAUGCCUUGUCACUUACCAGGGAGGAGGGGAGGAGAUGGCCACGCCGGAGGAGAUAGAGGAGUACCUCCAGCAGCUGUGGGAGGGCUCCACCGAGGUGGACAGCCGCUAUGAAACCAAACUGCCUCAGCCCAUAAACAGUCCCAAGCUGCAGGGAGUGAAUAGCAAGCUGGAGACUUGCGGCUUACAUGAGGAGGCGGCCCAUCUGUACGCUGGAGGUGUGAUGGAUGAUGUAGAGCUCUUAACACCACCCAGUGACCAGCAGGAAUCUGCCCCCAAUAGUGAUGAGGGUUAUUAUGACUCUGCCACACCAGGGCCAGAGGAUGAACUCGGGGAAAUCAAGAAGGACCGUCUCCCAAGAGACAGUUACAGCGGUGAUGCACUUUAUGAGUUUUAUGAGCCCGAUGACACCCUGAUGAGCCCCUCUCUCGGGGACGAACCCUUAUUUGAGAGCAAAGCAUCUCACCCAGAGAUCUUCAGCCGCUUCUUAGACUUUGCUGUCCCUGCCGAGAAGAACCUUAUUCAGAUGAUGGGGCAGAGCAGCGGAGUGAUGGAGACUGAGGAAGAGAGACUGGCUGCCAUUCAGAAACAGCUGCUGUAUUGGGAGCUUCAGAGGGAACCAGCUGCAAAACGUCUGGAUGUCCCCAGCAAAGAGAAAUGUCCCAGAGAUAAGCAAUACAUUGAAUGUAAUACUAGAGCACCCAAAUUAAUUGGCAAAAAUCAGAGUUGCCUUGGUAGCGAGCAGGUUGCUUCUCCAGUUUUGAGCAAAAGUGUAGAUGCUGGGAUUUCAGUGUCGAGACUGGAAAAUCCUGAGUGGAGGGACUUUCAAGGGACGCUGUGUCCAGAAAAGUAUUACAAUGACCAAAAAGCCCAAGGAAAUUGCCUUAUUCAGCUCAUGAAAAACAACUCUGUGUUUGAUUCUGAUUUGGAUCAUGCAGUGUUUGGGGGAUUAAGUAGCUUAGUCCCAGCCAAAACUGUGACCGUGACCUAUCCCAGCUACAGAACACAUGACCCUGACAGCUGUUUUCAAAAUGAACACCACAGCAGAGUGGAAAACUGCCUCAGGGAACCCCAGACAGAAAGUGAAUGUGAACCCGAGCAUGCUGUUAACUUCACUCAGGCACUGGUUGAGUUCACUAGCAGCGGCACUCUCUUCUCCAGCCUCUCUGAAAGCCUUGGUAGCUCUGAUUCAGGUUCUUCCUUCACUCAGAACCUUUCUGUCCUUCCAACCAUGGUCACUUUUGACAUAGUGGAUGUGGAGCAGGAAGGUGAGGGAGAAUGUGAGCAGCAUCUGGAGAUGAAUGCCGACGAGGACAUUGCUGCAUCCUUUGAGGCCUUUGACAGCUAUGUGCAAAAGGAGUCCUUUGCCGAAUGUGAUGAACGAAUGUUCCUGGGGUAUCCCCAAGACUCUUUCCAGAGCUGUAACUGGGGUGUUGGCAGCCUUCCCCAUCAUUUGCACCUGCACGGCUUGAGCCCCUCCAUGCCAGCACCACUCUCCAUCAACAGAAGGAGCAGGUCGCUUGACACGGAGAGCUUGGAGUUGGAGCUUGCAGAUAUGCCUCUCUCCAAGAAUGGCCUUAAGCCUUGUCAGCUCUGGUCUAAAUGGGACAGUGGCAAAAAGGACUCUGUCCCCAGGCUGAGCAGAAGCAAGGAUAGCAUUCAGCUGUCUUCUUCCGAAGGAGGAGAAGCUGAUGGGGUCCUUACCUGGCCAGUGUUGCAGCAUGUAGAGUACAAAGCCGAGCUUUCCUCAGGGGGAGAGAAACCAUGGAGCUGUACUCCGACUGCAAGGGCUGCCGUUGUCGAAGGCAACUGGGAUACAUUUGAGCAAUCAGAAGUGAAUUCCCCUUAUGUGUCCCUUGGAUGGAGCAAUGCCAGGGAGGCUCCGGACAGGUUGCCCCAGGAUACUGGGGCCAGUAAUCUAAUGCUUCAGGUGCCUAGACACAUGGUCAGACCAUCCAAUUUACCUCUGCAGACUGAUACAAGACAGUCCCAAGAGGUGUCUAGCUCCUACAGGUAUCCUAGAGAAAAUAUGGCCAAAAAGCUGGCUCGCGUGCUACCUUUGGGAGAAAAAGGGGCUGACUUACCUCAGAGCUUCGCUUUCACACAGUCCCCUAACAAAAGAGCAAAGUGCAAACUUGUUGGCAUCACACAAGGAACGCUCCAGUUUCACGAUGGCACUGAGACCUUAAAACCCUCCGCUUGCUUUGCUGAGCAUUAUGGAAGCUCCAGUACAGACCUGCUGAAAGGGGGACCCGUACAUGGGAACACGCUGCCCGUUAGCUGUCAAAGCACUACAGUGAAUGUAACGAAUUCUUCAUUGUCACGGGCACAGGAUGAGCAUGAGAGAACCACAGAUGAACUCCAUUAAAGGUGUGUUUCUUACCGAGGCAGGAUCCAUUCCUGCUUAUGCCUAUGUGUUCUGAAGCUGCCCACUCUGUGAGUCGUAGAUGGACCUAAGUCUGCUUUUUUUAAGAGAGGAAGAGUGUGACAUGCCAGGAUGCAGGCGGGGGCAGGGAACACAGAGAGGCUUAUGCAGUUGAAACAGAGGAAACUGCUUUCUUAGUGAUUCCCUGCAAGCGACACGGAUAUUCAAGACCACUGCCAGGUGCAGUGAGUACCGCAGGAUUAAUACUUGCAAUGCAUUUAUAGCGGUGACAAAUCUGCAACAUGCAGAAAGUCUUGUGGAGGUUAAUCAGCACUGGUGACAUGCGCUGUGGUCAACUUCUGCCUUAAGAGUUUGGUCCAUUUCCCCCUUCCCCCAAGUUUCUCCAUUCUCAGUCAAUCUGACUUCCUUUAGUUUGGCAUGGGUUAUGCAGACCCUCUCCUUGGGAGGCAGAGGCCUGCUAUUAUGAUGCUUUUGAUGUUGUUACUUGUUCCAAGAACCUUGGGCUACAUUUUUCUCACCAUAAAACUAUAUUCAGGAGUAACCAAAGCCAAGGGCAAGAACAGAAGGCACCUGUGAGCAAACAGAAAAUUCACUUGGCCUGUUGCACGAGGGGCAAAAAAAUACGCACAAGCAGAAAUGGCCAUUCAUUGCUGCAGUAACAAGGGUGUUAAUUAUUGUGAUUCAGUGAGUUACUCCACAACAGGGUGCUUCUCCACCACAUCCCCCCACCACCUCCAUCUCUUCAUAAACCUAUGGACUCUGGGGAAUUGACUGUUCAGCUGGAGCCUGAAUGAAAACAAGAGAUACCGCUGUCCCAGCUAACUCCGUGGUGGUGGUGGUAUUCACUUUGCCUGCAGCAGAAGGGCAGCUAGCGUAGAUGAUCAACAGCAAAACGUUGUGUGGCAAUAAAUCCCAAGUGCAUGUUUUAAUCAAAAUCGAUGUGUAUGGCUCCUAGGCAACAGGUGAUUUCCUGCAUGAACAGGACCCUGAUUCAGCAAGAGAGUGGAUGUGCCUGACAUUAAACAUGUGAGUAGUCUCUUAUUCCUUCACCCAUGUACUUAGUCAGGCAUGUGCCUAAAUACCUGGCUGAAUUGGGGUCCUGGCGUGGUUUGAGCUGAGACCACAAGCUGGGACCACAUGAGUUUGACUCCUGUCUCUGACGUCUUUGAUUCUGUUAUGCCUCAUAGUCCUGGUGUGACUGGAUUUCUGAUCACAGCUGGGCCCAGGAGGUGAAAAAGGAGCACAAAACAGAACAACAAUGGGGGUGGGGGGGAACGUUAACCAAAAAUUUUUCCAAACCCCUCCAAAGGUUCACCGUUUGGGUUUGCAUUCCAGGUGUAGGUUUGUUUGAUGUUUUUCCAUACAAAAAGGCAACCACAUAUUUUCAGCCUGAUUGAAGUUGACUUUGGAUUAAAGAAAUGAUAAAAUAAUAGAAAUAUAGGGUUAGCAGGGAUCUUAAGAGGCCACCUAGUCCAGUCUCCUGCACGAAGACAGGGUCAAGUAAACCUAAAUCAUCCCUGACAGGUGUUUGCCUAACUUGUUCUUAAAAACCUCCUAUGAUGGUGAUUCUACAACAUCCCUUAGUAACUUAGUCCAAUGCCUAACUAUUCUUAUAGUAGAUAUUUUUUCCUAAUAUCUGCCCUAAAUCUGCCUUGCAGCAGGUUAAGCCCAUUACUUCUUGUCCUACCUUCAGUGGACAUGGAAAACAAUCGAUCAUCGUCCUCUUUAUAGCAGCUCUUAAGAAAUUUGAAGACUGUUACCGGGUCCCCACUCAUUCUUCUUUUCUCAAGACUAAACAUGCCCAGUUUUUUUAACCUUUCCCCAUAACUCAGGUUUUCUAAGUCCUUUAUCAUUUAGGUUGCUGUCUUAUGGACUCUCUAAAAUUUCUUCCUUGAAGGGUUGGCACCUAGAAUUGGAUACAAUACUCCAGCUGAGGCUGAGUGGAAUGGGAUGAUUACUUCCUGUGUCAUACAACUUACAUACAACUUUCCUGUUAGUACACUCCAGAAUGUACUAACUGCAUGACAUUGUUGAUUCAUGUUCAACUUGUGAUCCAUUGUAACCCCCAGAUCCUUUUCAGCAGCACUAUCAUCGAGCCAGAUAUCCCCCAUUGUGUAGUUGUGCAUUUGAUUUUCCUUCCUAAGUGAAGUACUUUGCUCUUGUCUGUAUUGAGUUUCAUCUUGUUGAUUUCAGACCAAUUCUCUAAUUUUUCAAGGUUGUUUUGAGUUGUAAUCCUGUCCUCCAAAGUGCUAGCAACUUCUCCCAGCUUGCUGUCAUCUGCAAAUCUUAUAAGCACACUCUUCACUCCAUUAUCCAAAUCAUUAAUGGAAAUAUGGAAUAGUACCAGACCCUGGACAAACCCCUGCUGAGCCACACUUGAUAUGUCCUUGCAGUUUGACAGCAAACCAUUGAGAAUUACUCUUAGAAUACAGUAUUUCAAGCAGUUGGGUACCCCACCUUAUAGACAUUUCAUCUAGACCAUAUUUCCCUAGUUUGUUUAUGAGACUGUCAUGUAGGACUGUGUCACAAGCCUCACUAAAAUCAAGGUAAAUCGCAUCUAUUGAGUCCUGCCCAUAUCCAUUACGCCAAUAUCCUGUAAAAGAAGGAAAUUAAAUUCAUUUGGCAUGAUUUGUUAUUGACCAAUCCACGUUGGGGCUAUUACUUAUCACCCUAUUAUCCUCUAGGUGUUUACAAACUGAUUGUUCAAUAAUUUGUUUCAGUAUCCUUCCAGGUACCAAUGUUAGUCUUUAAUUCCCCCGGUCUUUGUUUCCCUUUUAAGAUAGAUGCUAUGUUUGCAUUUCUCCAGUCAUCUGGCACCUUGCCCAUCCACCAGGAGUUCCUGCAGGUAAUCUUUAAUGGUUCCUAGAUUGCUAGUUUCUUAAAUAGAAUAUGAUGAAUUCCAUCAGGCCCUGCCAAUAUGAAUAUAUCCACCUUAUCUAAUUAUUCUUUAACCUGUUCUUUCCCUAUUCUGGCUUGUGUUUCUUCCCCCUUGUUGUUAAUAGUAA